AUGUCAAAGAUCGAAGAUGGAAAAAUGCAAAAAACGGAUGAUUUACGUGAGAUAAUCAAUUCAAAAUAUUACCAAAAACUUUUGAAUUUGAUCUCAACCAAAAAUGAAGGACGUCAAAAGCGGCAAAUCGAAGAAUCAUCAUAUUUGGGAGCUAAUCGAAUAUUUACAAAACUUGAUAAUACUGUCGCAAGCAUGAUUACAACUGUCGCAAUUUAUGAGUUGAACAAUAUGAAUGUUUAUAUCGCAACAAAAUUAAGUUGCUUGAAAUAUGUCGCAGAAACUAUUCAAAUAUUCAACAAACAAAUUGAUAAUGGCAGCAUAAUAUGGAUUUUCAUCUUGAUUAUUUAUUGGAUGCUAAUACCUGUAUUCAUUUGGGUUGCAAUUAUUUUAUUUAUGUGGAAAAAUCUUCGAUCACAUUGGCAUAAAAUUAUUGUACCAUUGGCAAUUGCGAAGCAUUGUGAAGUAAGCGGUAAUUUAUUAAAUGCGAGAAAUGAAAUUAUUACAAUGCCAGCAUGGGACGGUGUUCUGGAAGCUCGCUUCGAACAGACAACCCAAUCAGAGCAUGAUGAAAUUAAAUGGUCGCCAGAAGAGGAAGUGGUUGAAAAACAGGAUCAGGAAGAAAAAUGA